AUGGAUCCGUACGGUAAUUUCGAAAGCAUGGAUUUUAGUUCUACUUGUGAAAACAAAGCCAAGCAGGCAGGUAUUGAUGCGCUGAAUGAAGAAACGUACUGCGCCGAUCAGCUGAACGUCUCCGGCAACAGUUGUGACUGCGCCGGCUACUUCGAGAUGCCCGACUGUGUCAUGGAUGUUUAUCUGCAGGCACUUGACGGAGGGGAUGAGAGUAAUGCUGCCCUUAGGAACAUAAGCAACGUCUACGGGCCGAAAGAUGACCAAGAAGUAAACACAAACUGCAAUCACAAUGUUAACCACGAACCGUACGCCAACGAAGGUUGUGGGUGCACCGGCAGUUAUAACGGGGGAGCUGGUGGCGGCACUGCAGUGUGUAGCUACGACCCCUGUGGUCCUUACGAACACGGAUUCAAAGACAAGAAACGCGAUGCUAUCUGCUGUAGUUGCAACGAAGAUGAUACUUACCAGAAAGGUCUCGUCAACAAGAAACCCACUUGCACUGACGAAUAUAGUUAUGUGUCAUCGCUGCAAGGUCCACCAUCUCCGUCAGGUAACGGUUUUGGCGCGCCUUCCUUCUCCUUCGAUGAUACUUACCAACAGCCUCUAGCCAACAAAAAACCGGAUUUUCCGGACAAAUAUAUACCAGUGAUUCCCCAGGCAGAUCCAUACUGCAGCGUCAACGACAGCUCUUGUUGCGGCGCUGGCAACGGAAGCACUAGAUAUGCCUUGCAACGUUCCAACAUGGCAAGUCCAGACAGGUCAACAUUCUAUGCUGACGACUCGUGCGAUUGCCACAGACCUUGUUGA